CCGGUGCUUUUUGGUCGGUGCUUUAAAUUCUCUAUUGUCGCUACUUCGAAGGGUGUGACGCCCGAUUCAGGAGCCUCUGUGACACUCACUCCAGGUGGUCUUCCUCGCUUCCAUGUACCCCUGCCUUCACGGAGCGAAACCUGCAUUUUCGCUCUUCGGCCUCUUUCAAAUACGAUUGGUGACCUAGUGAAAGCGAUUCAAGAAGAGGACAAGGGGGUGGAUCGUGUCGUAUUCUUGAGUACAGAUGGCCUCCGAUUCGCUAAGGCGAACAACAUUGAAAUCCUACUGGCUAACGAUUUUGUUGUCGAAAUCAAUGACAAGAAAUUCCCCGUGAGUGUUGCCAACUUGGGCCUACCGGAAGACGUCACUCCACAGGAACUGGGUACAGUUCGAGUUCUCGUUAACCGCUUAAACACCGUCCUCACCGCAGACGACAUCAACGCCGAGAACGAGAGGGAGAUCAAGCGACGCAUCGCCGAUGUCCAACACCAACUGGAACCCUUCGAGGAGAAGCGCCUCCAGCUGGCGGAGAAGGCCUCGGUGCGGACCCGGCGUCUGACGUGGCUCGGCCUCGGCGCGAUGGGUCUGCAGUUUGGCCUCCUCGCCCGACUCACGUGGUGGGAGUACUCCUGGGAUAUCAUGGAGCCCGUCACCUACUUCGUCGGCUACGGCACCACCAUGGCCAUGUACGCGUACUACGUGGUCACGCGACAGGACUACAGCUUUCCUCAGGUCUUCGACAGAGAGUACCUGAAGACGUUCUACAAGAGCGCCACCGAGCAGGGCUUCGACGUUGAGCGCUACAACAACCUGCGCGACAUGCUGGCCGAGCUGCAGAGCGAUCUGCGUCGGCUGCGAGACCCGCUGCGCCUCAACCUCCCCCUUCAGCAGACCAAGUACCUCGUCAAGGACUCCACCGACAGCAGCCAAUAG